AUGUUGACGAACAACGAGCUCAUCGAGCACUUCUACUAUAGCGCUGAGAGUUUGGAGGCCGAUUCUUCUGAGACCAUACUCGGCCAGGAAAAUUUGCAGCAGCAGCUGGAGCAGUUUAUGAACCAGCAGCAGGACAGAGACUUCAGUGGCAGUGCGGACAGUUUAUCCGAUGGCACCAAUAGCUGCUCUCUGGAGCUAUACUACGAUACGCCAGCCGUGCUGGAGCUGGAGCAAAUGCUCAGCGCACAAACCCAACAGCAGCAGCAAGAACUACAGCAAAUGCAACAGCAACAACAACAGCAACUGCCUGGCGGCGCCAAAUACCACACUAAGGCUGCCAAAUUUUGGCAUAAGACAGCGCGCAGCAGACCCUACGACUGUCAUGUCUAUCCGAGUGCAGCCUGUGAAGAGGAGUCGGAGGAGCACGGCGGCUGCGGCAAAGAAGUCCUGCGCAAGCGUCGUCUGGCGGCCAAUGCACGCGAGCGUCGCCGCAUGAAUAGCCUCAACGAUGCCUUCGACAAGCUGAGAGAUGUGGUGCCAUCUCUGGGCCACGAUCGACGACUCUCCAAGUACGAGACAUUGCAAAUGGCGCAGGCGUACAUUGGGGAUCUGCUCACGCUGCUCGCCAGAGACUAUUGA